UUCUAGCUCCUCCUUCCCCGUCGCAUCAGCCAUAAGCUUGGAGCCGUCCAUCUUUCUCCCGAGCCACCUGCAGAUCUUUACCAGUGUGGAUCCAACAAAGCAUAAGCAUCCUUUGUUUGUUGGUUCCCAGGUGUGUUUUCUUCAUCCCCUUUCUGCGGAAAGACGGUUGGUAAUUGUAAGAAAAAGGUUCGGUUUGUGAGCUGGUCUGUAUGGGUUGUGUAUCAUCGAAGCAGUUCAGACGAGCUCCACCGCAUGAGGAUGCGGCUCUCCUGGCCAAAGAGACCACAUUUUCCUUGAAUGAAGUGGAGGCCCUCUACGAGCUGUUCAAAAAGAUUAGCUAUUCUAUAUUCAAGGAUGGCCUUAUUCACAAGGAGGAGUUCCAACUUGCUCUCUUCAGGAACAGCAACCGGAAGAACCUUUUCGCCGAUCGGAUAUUUGAUCUGUUUGAUCUGAAGCGAAACGGCGUGAUUGAAUUCGAGGAGUUUGUUCGGUCCCUCCACAUUUUUCACCCGGAUACACCCAUGGCAGACAAGAUUGCAUUUGCAUUCAGACUAUAUGACCUGCGAGGCACCGGCAGCAUUGAACGUGAAGAGUUGAAGGAAAUGGUGCUUGCAAUCCUGAACGAAUCGGACCUACUUCUUUCUGAUGAUGCCGUCGAACAGAUUGUAGAUCAGACAUUCAAGCAGGCAGACCUGAACAGCGACGGGAGGAUAGAUCCCGACGAAUGGAAAGAGUUUGCAAGUAAGAAUCCAGCCUUGCUGAAGAACAUGACUCUCCCAUACCUGAAGGACAUAACCAUGUCAUUCCCCAGCUUUGUUGUCUACUCUGGAGCCGGCGACGAAGAGUUGUAGCAGCCAUCGGCACAAGCAUCUGUGACUCUGACCUCUCAAGUCUCAGGCAUACAGCACCAUGUUCACAGUACAAAUUUUUGGAUUAUGAAACACUGCUUUGUAGCAGAAACUGCAAUAGCAGAAUGUGCAGUGAGAAAUGGAACA